GAAGUGUUUUUAAUAUAAUUAUUCUUAACCAUACAAAUAAGGUUUGUGUACAGAGUGUGUAAUCUUAGGAGUACUUAUACCUGAAGGAAACCGUGUCCUGGCACAACACUCCACACCACAUCUGAUCUCGACGUCUGGUGUAGUUGCUACCUGGCUAUACUGUAGUCCUGGUGUAGAGGUUUGUCUAAAUUAGGAAGGUAUGAGGAGUAUAACACAUCACCAAACAAGUCAACUUCUCCAUAACAAAUUUGUUGUUGUCCUUGGAGAUUCAAUUCAGAGAUCUGUGUAUAAAGACUUGGUGUUGCUUUUGAAAAGAGACUCUUAUCUGUCGCUCUCCCAGCUCAAAAGCAAGGGUGAGCUGUCCUUUGAACAAGACAGUUUAGUAGAGGGUGGAAGACUAGGUCAUAUGAACAAUGGCACAGAGUACCGAGAGGUUCGGCAGUAUCGCACUGACCAUCACCUUGUCCAAUUCUACUUCAUUACACGGGUCUUCUCUUGUUACAUGGAGAGCAUCCUUGCUGACUUCAAACAUGGGCUGAAGCCAGAUAUGGUCAUAGUGAGCUCCUGUGUUUGGGAUAUAUCAAGGUACAACCGUAAGUGGGUCCAAGAGUACAAGGAGAACCUAAACAAAUUUUUUAUUCAGCUAAAAGCUGUUCUGCCAGAAGAAUGCCUUGUGGUGUGGAACAUGACCAUGCCUCUAGGUGAGAAGAUCACAGGAGGCUUUCUUGUACCUGAGAUUGAGCACAUGGGGCCGACUCUUCGCUAUGACGUGAUUGAGGCAAACUUCUAUGGUGCAAAGCUGGCAGAUGCAUAUGGGCUGGAUGUCCUAGACCUUCACUUUCUUUUUCGGUUUAGCCUCCAGCAUCGCAUGAAAGAUGGGGUUCACUGGAAUGCUUUUGUGCAUCGUCAGAUCACUUGCUUGCUGCUGUCUCAUGCUGCUCAGGCCUGGGGUGUAGAGCUGCCCAACCCUGUAGUCACAGAUUUUAAGAUCUUCAACUUCAGUCCUGGGGGCCAGUGUCCACCAACGUUUGCAAUUCACUAA